AUGUUAAACAACACCCUCGUUCUCUUUCUCUCUCAAUCCAUUAUAAGCGUAUCUGAAACUGUCUCCAUCGAACUACAAACGCUUCGGAGAGAAUAUGAGUCACUUGUUCAAAAAACCGCAGAACUGGAAAGUGCCAAACGCAAUGCGGACUUACGAUACAGGGAUUGCAAAUCAAGCAACAAGAGACUUCAAACGGAGUUGCAGGAGAAAAACACACUGAUUGAAAAGCUUCGUGAAACGUACUCAAAAGACAAACGGACACAGUACCUGUUUGACGAGAUGAAAGCAGAACAUACGAGAUUAGUCCGGGACUACGAAAUUUUACGCCAAACUUACAACCAAAAGGAACAACAAGUACAAUCUAUGCUGAUGGAACAAGCCGAGCUGCAAAGGAAGUUGGACGCGUGCGAGUGUGAAAGACGGCAACUGGAACAUCGUCUCUAUUCCCAACCUGUCUCCUCAAGGGUGGUCAAACAAACGGACACGCAGUGA